AUGAUGCGGCAGGUGGGUAGUAAAUGAGAUACCCUUGAAAGAUGCCGCAACUGCAUGUUGAUACGUUUUAUUUCCAAAACAUCAAUUGUCAUUUUUAUACUAUUUUGUUCAGGCGUGGAAUGAUUACCGAUUAUCAUGGGAUCCACAGCAGCAUGGAAACAUCACAAAUUUUAAGGUGGACUCGGAUCAUUUAUGGAUACCAGAUAUCAUGCUUACUAAACCGUAAGUCUUGAUACACUUAUACCACAAGCAAGGGCAUCAAUCCUGGGGUGACGGGGCGGACGCGCCCCUCACUUUUUGGACUUUCGUAAUGCCCCUCACAACCUCGUACCCAGGGCUAGCCGCGAAUUGGACAUUCGUAAUGUAAUCUAUAAUAGAUUACGUCCAUUGGUCGACUUCGUCCCCCCAAUUUUUGGAAUGGAUUGUCGCUUUUGACCACAAUAAAUGCAACAAGCACAAAUAUAAAUAGCUUAAACUAUAGACAUUAAAUACUUUAGGAAUUAAUUUUGUAAGGGAUUGGUAUUUCUUGGAUGAAGGCGGAUACUAAUUCAUUGAAUAGUGAAAAACAUUUACUCCGAUAAACUUCAAAUAGUCGAUGCAGACAUAAUACGCCGAUCUCUUUUCACCUUCUGCACACUUUUAGUCCGAGUAAAAAUGAUAGGAAAUCAAUUAAAUAUACAUCAAUAAACCUGAAUAAUAUGAAUAAAAUUUGAGUGAAAAAAAUCCAGGCCAGAAUAUAAAUUUAUGGUUAUCAAGAUAACGGUAAAGAAAAUUGAAUACCAAAACACAAUGAAUAAUUCAAAAAAUAAGAAGAAUAAAUAAUUUGGAAAUGUUCAAAUUAAAAUAGGAAUGAAUGAAUUACAAACUCUCCUCAUUUCUUUAAAUGUUACUUCGAAAUGAAGAUGUAAAAAAGUUCUUGCAAAGUUUCUCAAAGACAAUAGAAUACUUAUUUUCUUUUCAUAGGUUAUCAUCAGAAGCAGGGCAAAUUUUAGGAGUGAAAAAAAGCGAUGAUGAUCUUGCAUGGAAGAUUAGUGUUUCAUCAGAUGGCACAGCAGCAUUUAACUUUCCAGGAUCAAUCUACGGGCAGUGUUCCUUAACUAUAUCUGAUUAUCCUUAUGAUGAACACAGAUGUUCCUUUGUAUUUGCUUCCUGGGUGCACGAUGGUUCUGAGUUAAUAUUAAAACUUCGACCCAGCAACCCAUUGGAUUUGGGUAAUUAUGUAUUUAAUAACGAAUGGCAUAUUGUUGGCUCAGAAGCCAAGGCAAUUGAAGAACGUUAUAAAUGUUGUCCAGCGCCAUUUUACAUGACAAGUUUUAAUAUUCAUGUCAGACGUGGCGCGUCUUCUUAUGUCUCGAAUUAUAUCAUCCCUUCAAUACUGAUUGCCAUUUUGUCCAUUAUGAUGUUUACGUUGCCACCAGAAGUUGGAAAGCGUAUGGGUGAGUAUAGUUCUCAUUUUUCAUUUAUAUCAAAGCUAAUAUGUGUCAAACAUUCCUCGUUUGUGUUCCUAAUCCAUUUGCUAUUUACCAAAAUACAUUCGGCACAAUUCCACUAGCACUUGUGUGUCGUGAUCACCACACUUGCCUUUCAAGCUGGGAGAUCCGGGUUCAAUACUUGGCGGGACGUCUACUCAAGGUCUUAAUAUAAUUGAGAAAGUGCUACCUUUACAUUGUCAUCAGUAGAUAGUUAGACUUUCACGUCUUCUUGCGUUAAAACGCGGCGUUAAAAUCGUAGGUGCCUCGGAUCCCCUGUCAGUUGAGCAAUAACCUAUUCGGAAAUCCGCCAACAUUGUUUUGUUUCCCGGGCUUGCUUGCCAAAAGUCAGGAAACAUUCAUUGUUUCCUAGGAAACAUUGUUUUCUAGCCAUGCUUUUCGAAGGUGGAGAGUCGGGGAACAUUGUUUCUUAGUCUUGGCGUUCCCGAAACUGAACCAUCUCAUGCAGGAAUCAAAUGUUUCCGAAUUCUGCUUUUUGAUUUCUGUAGCGAAGCAAACUAGCUUAUUUCCCUAAUAAGGUGGCCGAACGUGGAAACACUGGAGGAAAGUUUUAAUUGUAUGAAAUAAAAGAAUAUUUUAGACACCCGUCAAUCGUCCCUCUAUUAACAAUUCUAUUGAUUUCCACCCGUUGGUGAAAAAUAUUGACACAGAGCAGAAUUAAUGGUCAUUAUUGAAUUUUAAAUUUACGAGUAUAACUUCAAUCGUAUAAUAACGGACACUGGAAGGUGUCAAUUUGCCAAGCCAAUUAGGUAAGGUUGGUUAAACGUUAUUAGGGGGAUCAGAUUAAAACGUUUCAAAUGCUUUAACAAACAUGGUGGGCAUUGUUGCAAGUGACUGUUCCUCCUAAGACGCGAGCGCUCUCUAUAAUGUUCUCUCCAAUGGCAUUUUACGAUUUCCGAUCCUGAAUAUUUAAUUUUCUAUCGUGCUUGGAAAAUGUUUACUAUCUCUUUGUUUGUUUUUUACAGAAAUUGGUAUUAACUUAUUGCUAUGCCUGUCUGUAUAUCUGACUAUACUGAACACCAAAAUGCCAACAAGAUCUGAUGCAUUCCCACUGUUGUCAAAGUUCUAUGGUUGCUGUAUAUUCAUCUUGACAUGUGCUCUGUUAUGUACUUGUUGGGUGGUCGCAUACUACUUUCACGAUAUGUCAGGAUGGGAAAUCAAUACUAUGUCAAAAUUUGUUGAAGUAAGUGAGGCUGUAGAAGUUCAGAUCAUUGAUAAUUUUUUUCAUUUUUAAACAUUUUCUCGAAACGUGUGAUACAACAAUUUCUUCUCGUGUGCUGAUUGAUUUUGUUUUUUAAGGUUGGUGUUUUGAAGUACUUGAGACGAGCGUUACGGUUUCCAAAUGCAACGAAAGUUUACCCAUCGGACAUUUUGGAAUCUGGUAAGCCAACGUUUUUACCAUUAAAAAAUCAAAGAGAGCAUUCUCUUAUGCAUGUAAUUUUCACAGGACACGGUAUUCAAUUAAUUAACUAUAUGGAGAUAAAAAUUGAAAUUGGUAAACAUGUGCAAUUGAUAAGUAUAGGUAAUAGCAUGGUUUCGAGUGCAAUUUGGAUAUAACAUGCACUCGUGAGUUUUUCAAAGACCUCAAAAUAUGAGUUUAUGAGUUUAUCCAAAUUUCACGAGAAACCAUGCUAUUACUUAUUAAUAAUUUACAUAAAAAUGUUCGAGACAAUUGUAGUUUUAACGUACGCGUUUAUAGCGAACAUUCCACCGGAAAAGUUUUCCUGGCUUUGUUAUAUCACAUUAUACAACGCUAACAUUUUGAAAAUUCCACUCAACUAUGUAAUUUUUGUUAGUCUUGUUUAAGGUAAAUGCUUUUCCAUUUAAAAAUAAAGAUUAAAGCCAUAUUUUCCACGCAAAGGCAACUUUUACUUUAUGUAGCGCGGCGCCAUUUUUGUUUUGUUUUGAAGCAAUCUGUGACCGUUACUUCUUUAAACUAAAUUGCUUUAAACUGAUUGGUUGAUUUAAUCAUCACAAUGUUUUUCCACCAUUCAGAUCAGUUUGUUACAGAUUUUUGCACUGUGAUUACAGAAAAUUGCACUGUGAUUACAAAAAAAUGCACUGUGAUUACAGAAAAUUGCACUGCUGUUUGGGAUUAACUGCACUGAAAUCAACCAAUCACAGUCGAGUAAUAUCUUUAUGUAUAUUAUUAUCAUUCUAACACUUUUUCUAACAUACUUGGUUGUAAUGGUAUGGUGGUCAGCGCAUUUGCUGUUGUCUCUUUGAGCUUCUGUGACCGCGGCUCGUUCUCAAAAGCACGCAUGACUUGUGUGUUAUUGCUCCAAUGAAAAGAUAAGUAAAGAGUAUUUAAUUAAAUGCUCACUUUAUUCUUUGGAACUGCACAUUAAAACCACGAUGGGGGUUUUGUUUCGGGCAUAUUUUUUCAAAUAGCAUUCUCAAAGCGCAAUCGGCUAACCCCAAUGAUAUUUGGUAUGUAUGUAAUAUUUUUGUCGUUUUAAGAAGAAAUGCAAUAAUGUUGUACUAAAAAAUCUCAUGUUGAUCGAUCAACUUUUUCAUUGUCAGAGUUUUUGGAUAUGAUGGCAUUAUGAUGUCAUCAAACAAGGGAAGAGUAAUAUAAAAUUCAUGUAACAACAUCAUAUCCCGAAACUUUGACAAUGAAAAGGUUGAUCAAAAUGAUCUUUAACGCUAAAGAUAUAUUACUUUAAUUCUUGCCUUCUUAGAAUGAUCAAAUAUUACACAUACAAAAACUUAUUAGGAGUUAUUAGUUAUAGUCACACUUUAACUUUUUCCCAAUACAUACGUAGUUCUCAUUGAUUGUCGUGCAUCUAAACAAAGUCAUAUGAUAUUUUUUACCUGGUAAAAUUUUAACCUUUUUUAGUGAAUACUCAGCGAAUGAUUGAAGUCAAACCAUUGAUGACGGAAAAAACAAACUUCGCAGGUAAUUCUCCAGCUUACAGCCCUGAUGAUGGAACUAAGCCAGCGAAAGAAGCCGUGAAGAGAGUUACGAAAGAAAACGAAAGCAAGAUACCGGUUGAGAAACUAUCAAGUAACGUGCAGAAAAAGCAAAAAACUGGCAGGAAAGAGUUAACAAAUCAAAACGAAGAUUCCUUACCUCAAAAUAAGAAACGAGAGAAAACUUUAACCGAAACGAAAGACAUUGAUGGACAUGUUGAAAGACAGAAUGGCGGUGAUCAGGGAAAGACAGAUGACAAAGAAAAGAAGAUAGCAAAGAAAAAAAUGAGGGAAAACUUAGAUAAUACCAAACCAAAAGAAGAUCAAGCUCCUGAAAAGGAAACCAAAGAUUCAAAGAAGAUGGCGAAAAAAGAAGGCAAGAAAGAUGUACGGAGAAAACGAGACAAGAGCGAAGGGGGUGACGGAGGAAAAGUAGAAAAGAAACCGAAAGCUUCAAAGGAAGAUAAACGUGACGAGGCUCGUAAAGGAAGUGAUACAACUAUCAGCAAAGAAAGCGAUAAAAGUACUGGCAAAGAAAGCGAUAAAAGUACUCGCAAAGAAAGCGAUAAAAGUACUCGCAAAGAAGGUAAUAAUACAACUACUGACAAAGAAAGUGAUAAAAGUACUCGCAAAGAAAGUAAUAAAAGUACUCGCAAAGAAAGUGAUACAACUACUGGCAAAGAAAGCGAUAAAAAUACUCGCAGCGAAAGAGAUAAAAGUACUCGCAGAGAAGAUGAUACAACUACUAGCAAAGAAAGUGAUACAAAUACGCGCAGAGAAAGUGAUACAAAUACUACCAAAGAAAGUGAUAAAAGUACUCGCAGAGAAAAUGAUACAACUACCAGCAAAGAAAGUGAUACAAAUACGCGCAGAGAAAGUGAUACAAGUACUACCAAGGAAAGUGAUAAAAGUUCUCGCAGAGAAAAUGAUACAACAACUGGCAAAGAAAGUGAUACAAAUAUGCGCAGAGAAAGUGAUAUAACUGUGAACAUUCGAAGCUCCAGAAGUGCGUCGCGUGAGAGCAAUACCAGUCAAAAAUCCAAGAAAUCUAACAAUGUUUUUGGAGCAACAGUCGCUCCUGGUUUGGUAGAGAAACCCAGAAAGGAACGACGUCGAACGAAACCUAAGAAGGAAGACUUAGGUGUUGUUAAUUUGGGAGCGGACAACGAGGAGAAAAGUAAGAAGAUUGGAAUCAAAAAUGGAAAGGACGGUAGUGAGGAAGCCACGAAAGUGAGUAACGUAAGAGAAUCACCAUCAUUGAAGGAUAAGACAGGUAAUUUUUGUUGUACUCUUUGUUGUCUACUCAAUUCUUUGUUUGCAAUCACAUGACGUUUCAUUCAAAUGACGGGCAAUCAAACAACUUGUGGACGUUUUUCUCCUAUCAGAAUGGCUGUAGCAAGAAAAACUGAGCGAUAAUUCAUCUUUUGAGUCUUAAACUGUCUCAAUACAUUAAUAUAGCCAUUUUUUGUUAUACCUGCCCUUCAACUGAAAUUUCAAAAUUACGUCAUUGCAAACAAAGAAUUAAAAAUCUAAAUUCAUUGCCUGUUCUUGUAUUCCGUCGUUUUCUGUCGCUAGUCGUAUCCAACAAGCUGAAGUUGGACAUGACAAAGGACAGACAAGGCUAGGACUUCAUUGGUGCAAACGUCAGAGCGCCUGAUCGAUAAAGGGUUGAGGAAGGUUUGAAUUGUCUAAUACAAUGUGUAAGGUAAUCGAACUUCAGCCCGCUAUUGUACGUGAAUUACUCGGCGUAUGAACAACAUUUUUUCAUAUUCGAAAAGAUCAGGCUUUCAGUUAUUGAAUGACAUGUUUUUCAUGCCAAGUGGAGAAAAAAUAAGCAAGUACGAGUCCGAUAAAAAAUGUUAGUCAGAAUCGCAUAUUUUCACCUCUGUGCCUAAUUAAAGCAGUGCAUAACAAAAGAAAAAGUAAUUAAUCACGAACUUGUCAUAGCUUAGCUAAGAUUUAUUCCUACUUGAUAAUAAUUAUGAAUAUGUGCGUUAGUUUAUUUAAGUCCAAAAGGGGGUAAUUUUGAAUGGUAAUUUUUUCAACGGUGAAAAUAUGCGAUUAUGCCUAACAUUUUUUAUCGGAUUUGUAUUUGCUCAUUUGUUAUCCACUUGACAUAAAGAACAUAUCAUUCAACAGCAAAGAGCAUGAUCUUUGCGAAUAUAGAAAAAUCUCAGUCAUACGCAGAGUAAUUCAGAUACAAUGGCGCGCUGAAGUUCGAUUACCUUUUUCUGAAACACACUGUAAAAAAGAAAAAGAUAUAAAAGGAAACACAAUCUGAAGAUUAUAGCAUCUUGAAUCCCAAGAUAUGAAUAAAAAGAAUGAGGACGAGAAUGAGUUCGUAAUAUUUCAGUGAUCUUACAUUGACGCGACAUUGAAGUUGAUAAAAUUUAUCAAGAAAAUUAAUGUUUGCUUCUUAUUUUUCAGGAGAAAUUGGAGGCGAUGAGAAACCAAGUGAAAAAGUAUCAGCACUAGCAAAAAUGCCUUCAAUAAUUGGCCAGGCAACUGCCGCGCCAGACGCAAAGCAGAGUUUUGAUCCGAAUCAAGAACGCAAGAAGAAACACGACAGUGUCAAACUUUUGAAAGAACUGUCAAAAUAUUUCUCUGAUCAUUUGGAGAGGAAAAAAAAUCGUUACCAAUGGCGACAGGCAGCUAUUGUUUUAAACAGACUGUUUCUUAUCAUUUUGUGCAUCAGUAUUGCAAUGUCGAUCAUUUUAGUAUUCCUGGCACGUUAACAUGGAAACUGCAUGAAUAUAUACUAAUUUCAGUCCUCGGAGCUAGGGCUAUCAUUGGAAGGCUCAUAUAGUCAUAUAUAUGCCAAUUAUCUGGUAAUCGUAUAGUAUACAUCACUUUAUGAAUAUAUCUUUUCACCACAGAAUACAGUAAAACCCGAAUAAAAGAACCGGCGGAUUAAGAUGCACCAGCCUGGAAUUUAGGCAAAAAAGCACCCAACAUAAAAGAACCACUUUAGGUUGACAAAUGAGACUGGAUCUGGAAAUGUUUGUACUCGAUCUGAUUCGAGUGCAAUUUUCUUCUACUAAUACAUGAUUAUGUGAACGAGUAGAUGUAGGAUCUGAACAUUUAUAAAUCAUCUAUUUGUUUACCUCUAUCAGGAGAAGAAAAUCGCACCAAAAAUCGCCGGCAAAAAGAUUGGAAGUUUACACGGACCUUAUACAAGAAUACUUUAUACGGACAUCAAAAAUAGUAGUUCUUUUAUGCGAGUUUUUGCUGUAAGCUUAAAUAAAAGGUUGCAUUAUAAAUGAAAUUAUUAUUGCCUCAUUUAAAUGCUCGCGGUGAAAAAUGCGAAGUAACUUGCACAUACAAUAAUUUCGUUUUCAUGGUAGAUCUGGUUUCUUGGUGAGAUCAUUCAGUUUUCUUGAUAUGCAUUCUAAAUUAAUCUACGUCACACAUGAGUAACGAGUUGUAAAUAUCAGAAAUGAAUCAUGUCUGCACUUUGUCGUACGUGCUCCUAUAAAUCCACCAUUUUGUGGAGACAAUCUUUUAACUGAGAAGAGAUAAAAGUGUAUGCAUUCUAUUAUAUCAACGCACUCUUCUAUACCACUUAAAGUUGAAAAUGCACUCAUGCAUGCAACGUGUGUUUUGCCAUAAACGAAACGCAUGUAUACCUACAACUUUUUUUUCAAAUGGUUUCGUUGGAUAAAAACAGACUCAUGAGCCACUCAUGAAACGUGUGAUGUAAUUUUUUGAAGAGCGUCAAGAAAACUGAAUGAAAUCACUUUACAUUUAGGAUCAUUCUUUUGCAUAUAGGCCAAUAAAAAUCCCCGCCCCUUUUUAAUUAUGAUAUUCAACAUCUUGUUUUUCUAACUUUCUGUAACUAACAUGUUUUAUGCAUGCAAAAAUGUAUAUAACCUGCAAAUUAAAUACCUCAGGAC